UCUGCCAUUCACGUUGUGUGAGUUGUUUAUACCCUUACUCUAUGUUUAUACACAGCAGUUGAGAUUCGGGGGACAAACCCGCGCCUGUGUGUAAGUUUACUGCUCUCUCUCUCGUCACCAAUUUGAAAGGGAGGUGGGAUCGUAAACAAUGACUGUUAUUGUUUCAUAGUGUUUCGAUUAUGAUCAUAAUCACACGUCAUUAGCAUACGUGAUGAAUGGACAGUAGUAGGAGAUGUUAUAAGCUGGUCGCUGUUCUAUGGUCGUGUCAGCGAUUAAAUCAGUGUUGUGUUUUGGAGUUAUCAAGUAAAGUUGGCCUUAUUGAUAACGAUAAUUAUAAACCCACGGAUUUAGGAAGUCAGUUUUUACAGUGACCGUGAUUGAGGGACUGUUGUUACGGGGUCUAGGAAGCCGCGAGGCCGGGGGAAACUGAGAUGAUGUUUAGGCCGGUGAGGAAAUCGACCAUGUUCGCACCAUGUGGAGCGGUUGCUGUGUCCUUCGUUCUUAUUGCUUUACUCGGGUGCUGCAUCGUGGGCGCAAAUGGACGAGCUGUUAAAAUCAAGAAGUCAUAUCGGCUUCAAGCUGAGAUGAUUGCCAAACAACGAUCACAAGAGACGCUUAAAGAGAAGAAGUUUCCUGGAAGAAUGGACACAAUGUUUGACGUCAUCACCGACGAGGAGGAAGUCUUGAUUGGAAUUAAAACAUCAGUUAAAUCAGAGAGAUGUGGUAUGAAACCUUACAGCCCGCCCCCACAAGACAUGCCCAGAGCAAGGUUUGCCAAAGUCGUGGCUGGAAUCGAGGCUAUGGAGAGAUGGCCGUGGCAGGUUGCCUUACUCAAUGUGACGUCACGAGAGCCGUUCUGUGGGGGAACGUUGAUUGGUCGAGAGCAUAUUGUCACGGCUGCGCACUGCUUCGAUAACGAAAGACGCAACGAGGACAAUGUCGGAAUUCUUCUCGGCGAGCACGAUCGCUCAAAACAUGAGGGCACGGAACAAGAAUUCCGCAUCGACUGCAUCCACGUCCAUCGGCACUACAUCAAGGGCGUCCCCUACGUCAACGACAUCGCAGUCAUUAAACUCAAGACGUCACCUGAUCACGAUGUCGUCAUCAAUGACUACGUCAUGCCGGCUUGCAUGCCGGAGAAGAACGAGUUUCAGGCGGGAGAUACCUGCUACGUCACCGGGUGGGGCUACACAAAUUUUUCGAACUACGGGUCCGGUCGUCGUCCCAGCACCCUAAACCAAGCAAGACUGCCCCUUCUCAGCCACGACGACUGCCAGAAUGCCUACGGUAGUUUCAUCACCAAGCGCAUGGUCUGCGCCGGCUACAUGGAGGGAGACUGGCGCUCGGAUACCUGCAAGGGCGACAGCGGUGGUCCGCUGGUCUGCCAGCAGAACGACGGGAGGUGGAAGCUGGUCGGUGUGACCUCGUGGGGUAGGAACACCUUCUGCAACCCGUCGCCGACUGACGCCGUGCCUGGUGUCUACACCAAGGUGGAGCGAUACCGGAAGUGGAUCCAGAAACAGAUUGACCUUAAGAAGUGUCGAACGAGGAGGGUACCACGUCAUUGAGGUCAAGGGUCAUGGUUAAGCCAAAGGGUUCAGCUAUGGCUUUUAUAACCAAUGUUUGCCAAGGACAAUUCAAACAAAUGUUUUCAGUAAGAAUUGACAUUAUUUUGUGUGUCAUGGUGACAGUCACCGAACACCAGUUAUAUAUCGCUGGUAAACGUUUUCACCAUGAGAUGGGCAGCUGUUUUGUUUUUGAAACAACUCCGGGUCAUGACCUAUGACGUCAUGUGCUACCUCACUUUUUAUUUAAUUAUUACUGUAUAAAAAAAACUGUAAAAUUAUGUACAUAACACAUAUCUCUCCAUAUUUAUCAGCCUCUAAGCCUUAUAUUAUUUUGUAAACAUCGAUGAAAGCUUUAUGAACUGAAAUAACUAUUAUGUGUAAAUAAUGUUUAUAUACUAUUAACCGUUAUGGCUGCCGUUAUUGCAUUCAAAACAUUAUUUGUAUGAUAUUUAAAAGCAUUCCCGCUGCGAUGUGGGCAGAUCGGGAAGCUGCAGUGGGUUUCCAUUGAGCUGUGUACCCCGUAGAGCAAAAUAGGAAUCCAAGUUUCCAGGAAUAUUUAUUAUCACGUCCUGUUUGCGGAAGAGAUUUGCUUCUGGAACAUUUCCCACAUUCAAACAAACUGAUAUAAAGCACCUGGUAAUAAAUGUUUGAUUUAAAGGAUUGAUGUACUGUUUGUAGCACAAAACAAAAUAUUCACAGAUUUACCUUAAAGACACUGGACACUAUUGGUAAUUGUCAAA